ACCUAACGGGGAGGUGUUAACUACUUUUUUUCGCUUCCACAAAGCGCCUCCCGUUAUCUCCGUUGCUGCUGCGCGAGAGCCAGAAGGUUGCCGCUGCUUACUGAUAUUUCCACGCCGCAGAAAAAAAAGUUUUCGGUUUGUUGUGAGGAUAAAAAAAAAAUAAUAAUAAUUUAUAAAAACCAGAAAGAAGAAGAAGGAGCCGGAAACCGAGGAGUCGUCUGCAAGAAGAAGCGGAUUGUGGCACAGCGAGGUUGGCGACCACAUGAAGAUGAGGAACCAGUUCUGAGGACCUGCGGAUGUCCACCGCUCGGCUUCGGCAACACAUCCAACAGACUCUCCGUAGAGGGAGGCUUUUACUGCUUUCUAACCGAGAGGAAAAAGUUAACCUUGACCAUUUAUUGUAUUUAUCAUCAGGACUGAAGUCGUACAAACUGUGAAGUCUGAACAUACCCAACGGCACUUACCUGGCCCGGAAUGAUCUGGACUGAACUGAGCUCAAGUGUAUUUGGCUGGAGACAGAUUAACUUACUUUAGCCCCGCUGAAGAGAAAUGAACUGAUUUCAAGCUGGUCUGACGUUGGCUGAUUUCUUUCAAGAAUACUCUCCUUUCUCACAAGCUGCUCUUUUCUGAGCCUCUUCCCCCUUAAAGCCAAAUCCCUCAAGUCGCCCAACCAGAUUCACGCACUUCCUUAGACCCUUUUCAAGGGCCUUAGAAAUUGUCUCAAAUUUGAUUGAGGAGGAAUCAUCUCCUCCUCCCUCCUAAAGUUCUAACGGCCUCUUUCUCCCGCCCAGACAUGGAUCUCCACAGGGCAGCCUUCAAGAUGGAGAGCUCCUCCUACCUGCCCAAUCCCCUGGCCUCCCCGGCCCUCAUGGUGCUGGCCUCCACCGCUGAAGCCUCUCGCGACGCCUCAAUUCCCUGCCAGCAGCCACGUCCAUUUGGCGUCCCCGUUUCCGUUGAGAAAGACAUCCAUUUGCCAUUCAACAACGGCUCUUACACUUUUGCAUCAAUGUACCACCGCCAAGGCGGAGUACCACCAGGAUUCCCCAACAGGGACUUUCCUCCGUCCCUCCUCCACCUCCAUCAUCAGUUUGCCCCACCAAACCUAGACUGCUCGCCGAUCAGCAUGCUGAAUCACAGCGGCGUCGGCGCCUUCAGGCCUUUCGCCUCUCCUCCGGACGAUCGUGACGGAGUGCCAGGUGGCUAUCAGUCGGCUUUCACCCCGGCCAAGCGCCUCAAAGGCUGCCUUGAUGCAGAUGCCUCGCCCCACCUGCGGUACUCCGAUGCGGAGGGGAAAGAGUAUGACUUUGGCGGUUCCCAGAUCCCUCCUGGAAGUUCGCCCAGCAGCGCCUUGAAAGCAGUGGAGGACAGCGGCAAAAAGAUCUUCGCGGUGUCAGGCCUCCUGUCGGAUCGAGAUACUUCCUCCAGCCCCGAGGACCGCAUUGAGCGCUUCUCUCCUGUUUAUGAAGGUACAUUUAUAGGUCUACCAGGAGCUGUUAGCUGGAGGUGGCCUCCGCCGCUCAAACCACAACAAGGCUUCGCCCUCCACAUGGAACAGAAACGGCAUAGUGGGCACACUGGGUUAUUUCCAUCAGCGCGCAUUACACACGACGGUAAAAAGAAGAUGUCCCUGUAUGACAGCCAGGCUCCAAUCUGUCCUAUCUGCCAGGUGCUGCUGAGGCCCGGAGAGCUACAGGAACACAUGGAGACGGAGAUAGAGAGGCUAACCGCCGUGUGCUUCAGUAAGAACCCUUCACAAAAGGAUGGAGCAGCCACUCCAGGAACCCCGAAGUCAAUGCUGCUGUCAGUGCACAUCAAGCGUGAGGGAGAGUCUCCGGUGGUCUCGCCACUGUCCUCCGAAGACGCCCACCACUCCGACAGAUACCAGACAUUUUUACGAGUUCGAGCAAACAGGCAAACGAGAUUGAAUGCACGUAUAGGAAAGAUGAAGAGGAGGAAGCCUGAGGAUGGGGGCCAGGUAUGUCCGCUGUGCAGCGCCCCACUGGCUGGGAGCGAGGAGGAGAUGAGUAGACAUGUGGAGCAAUGCCUGAUCCAGCGCGAGGGAGCGCUAGGCGACGACGACUCUGCAGACAUGGAUGGAGAGAAUGGGCGGGGCUUCGAGGAGUACGAGUGGGCGGGGCAAAAGAGGAUCAGAGCAACGGCUCUGCUGGAGGGAGGCUUCAGAGGAACCGGCUUCGCCACGUGUAGCAUCAAGGAGAGCGCGGCGGAGAGCGACGCCGACCUGGACGUGGACGGAGACGACACCCUGGAGUACGGCAAGGCCCAGUACACGGAGGCCGACAUCAUCCCGUGCUCCGGAGCCGGGGAAGACCAGGGCGAGGCCCGGGAGAGGGAGGCGCUGCGGGGAGCCGUGCUCAACGGUGGGAUGCCCUCGAACCGAAUAACGCCUGAGUUCUCCAAAUGGGCCAGCGACGAAAUGCCUUCAACGAGCAACGGCGAAAGCAGCAAGACGGACCCCAGCACCCCUUCAUCCUCCUCCUCCUCUUCUUCCUCCUGUGCCCCGCGCACCUGUAAAAACAGCGAGAUCGAAAAGGUGACGGAGGAGGAGUCCACAGCAACCACCAUGGAGGCACUGAAGGCCCGAAUCCGAGAGCUGGAGAGGCAGAUACUGAGAGGAGACCGAUACAAGUGUCUCAUCUGCAUGGACUCCUACACGAUGCCGCUCACCUCCAUCCAGUGCUGGCACGUCCACUGCGAAGAAUGCUGGCUCAGGACUCUGGGGAACAAGAAGCUGUGCCCGCAGUGCAACACCAUCACCUCGCCCGGAGACCUGAGGCGCGUCUACUUGUAAAAGAGGACACGUGCGCGCACACACACACCUUCCUUUCCUCCUCCUCCUCCUCCCCGUCGUUCCGAGCCAUUCCUCCUCCUCGUCCUGGAUUUCAUCGCCACCCUCAAUGAUCGCCGUUUGUCGUCUCCCCCCCCCACCCCCCACCCCCACCCCCAUCUCUCUCUCGUGGCCUGGGUCGCCAGCUCCAAAAAGAAAGAAAAACCCCAGAGAGCGAACAGAGACUGUCUCUGAGACUCCACUGGCUCCUUUUUGUUUUCUUUGUUGGGAGGUUAAAAACUGAAUGACUGAGCAGCAUGGCCUCCCACCGAAACCCCAAAAUAAACAAGGAAAAGCGGGGGCGAGGGGCGAGACCUCUGGCCAACGGGGCUCGUUCCACCUGACGUACGCGUAACACGGGGGGGUUAUCGACCACUGGAGGACUGCUAAGUCAGUGGAGAACCCCGACACCCGGCUAAACCCUGCUGAGACCAGGCCGCUUCCUGCUGCUGGAGCUGGACCUGAAAGGAACUUCUUAAUACAGAAUAUAAAGCCCACACCCCUUCCUCUCUAGCUCUUCUUUGAUAUUUCGAUGGUGCUGGACAACGGGCUCUACCCCGAAGACUCAGAAAGCUUUUUCUUUUCUUUCUUUUCUGUUUGUUCCCUUUCCUGGAGAGACAGAAAACGCCGAUCUUCAUGCCCCGUGUUGCUGAAGAGAAUUAAAAAAAAUUAAAAGGGGGGGGGGGGGGGGGGCUGUCCACUAAAACUGAGCUUUCAACCAAACUGAGAAUAACCUCACAACCUUGAAAAGGGAGUUUGACACUCCUCUUCUUCUCCUCCUCCUCCUCACGAGCCCCUCCCCCUCCCUUUUGUGGUGUUCUAGUGAAGUAAACCAAAAUUUCUCCCCCUCCAAGAUUCAGUGCAAGCACAUGUAAUAUAGUUCUAUGUAUGUUUACAAUGUUGGGUGUAAAUGACAUAGAGUUCACACACACACACAAACAGAAGUAUAUAAUAUCAAAGUCCUGUUGUAAGUUUUGAAGGGUCUGGAAUGAUGUUUGGGUAGGAAAAAAAUGGCUGGAAUAAAAGAAGCCUUCUGUAUUUUUAAGAAGAAAAAAAAGAUUUCAAGAUCGGUUAUUUCACUGUACAGGAAUUAAAAAAUGUAAGUAAUAAUAAACUACUCGAGACUAGAUGGUCAA